AAAAAAAGGGAGAAAUUAGUCUCUGCAGCGUAGGUUAGGCUAUAGAGUAGACCUAACACAAUCCAUUACAGCCUACUUUGUUCAUAAAUCCUUGCCCCAUUUCCUUUCAGGCAUGUGAUUGCCAUAGAUCCCUAACAAAAAGGCUUAAACCCACUUAAUUAGUCUUUUCCGCAUACGAAAGUAUAACCCUUUAACCGGUAAUUGAGUACCCAACAACAGCAACGCCCUUGCCUCCAUCUGCUUCUCAUAAUUCAUUGCACAAAAUUAUUGUCCACCUCUUUCUCUUUGCUGGGAGUUGGGACUUCAAUCCUUGGGUCACUUCAACCGAGUACUUUCAUCGAAUACGCGCAAAGGAACAACGAUACGGUCAGUUUUAGAUAGACAAAGAGCAAUGUCUCUGAGACCCAGUUCGCGUACUGAGGCACGAAAGAAAUCCUACAAGAGUGGUGUCGAUGGGGACGAAGCUCGCCGAAGGAGAGAGGACAAUUUGGUUGAGAUUAGGAAGAGUAAGAGAGAGGAUAGUCUUCUUAAGAAAAGGAGAGAAGGGCUUCUUCUUCAAUCUCAGAAUUUAAGUGAGCUUUCGCAAGCCAACGCUGGGAUCGAGAAAAAGUUGGAAAAGCUUCCUGUAAUGGUACAAGGAGUGUUGUCGGACAAUCCUACCUUGCAGUUGGAAGCAACCACUCAAUUCAGAAAGCUACUGUCAAUUGAACGCUGUCCUCCCAUCGAUGAGGUAAUAAAAGUAGGUGUUGUUCCUCGCUUUGUGGAGUUCCUGGAUAGGCACGAUCUGCCUCAGCUGCAAUUUGAGGCGGCUUGGGCAUUGACAAAUAUUGUGUCUGGGACAUCAGAACAUACAAGGGUUGUUAUCGAUCAUGGUGCUCUUCCAAAAUUUGUGCAACUUCUUGGAUCUGCAAAUGAUGAUGUCCGAGAACAGGCAGUGUGGGCAUUGGGUAAUGUUGCUGGCGACUCUCCUAGUUGUAGGGAUCUUGUUCUUAGUCAUGGUGCGCUAAUGUCACUACUUGCACAAUUCAAUGAGCACUCAAAACUAUCAAUGCUAAGAAAUGCUACUUGGACUUUAUCAAACUUUUGCCGUGGAAAGCCACCAGCUCCAUUUGAGCAGGUUAAGCCAGCAUUGCCAGCCCUUCAGCACCUUAUCUACUCAACUGAUAAUGAAGUGUUAACUGAUGCCUGCUGGGCACUUUCUUAUCUUUCCGAUGGCACGAAUGACAAAAUUCAGGCUGUGAUUGAAGCAGGUGUUUCCCCACGACUUGUGGAGCUUCUACUUCAUGAAUCAACAGCAGUUCUUGUACCCGCUUUAAGAGCUAUAGGAAACAUUGUCACAGGUGAUGAUGCUCAGACUCAGUGUAUAAUUGACAAUCAAGGGCUCCCUUGUCUCUACCAACUUCUUACACAAAACUACAAAAAGAGCAUUAAGAAAGAAGCCUGCUGGACAAUUUCAAAUAUUACUGCUGGCAAUAGAAAUCAAAUACAGGCUGUAAUUGAAGCAAAUAUCAUUGCUCCUCUUGUACAUCUGCUACAACAUGCAGAAUUUGAAGUCAAGAAGGAGGCAUCAUGGGCAAUUUCAAAUGCCACUUCUGGGGGAUCACGAGAACAGAUUCAACACCUGGUGAGCCAAGGUUGUGUUAAGCCGCUUUGUGAUCUUCUGGUUUGUCCUGAUCCAAGAAUUGUGACAGUGUGCCUUGAGGGUCUAGAGAAUAUUCUGAAGAUUGGGGAGAUUGAGAAGGAAUCAGGCAACACCACAAUCAAUAUUUACGCACAGAUAAUAGAUGACUGUGAUGGAUUAGAUAAAAUUGAGAAUCUGCAGAGCCACGACAACCAUGAGAUUUAUGAAAAGGCUGUGAAGAUUUUGGAAAGGUAUUGGAUCGAAGAGGAGGAAGACCAGAAUUUUGUAGAUGGUGUUGAUGGAGAAACGAGCUUUGGGACGAACCAGCCUAGCCUUCCCACGGGAGGAUUCAAAUUUAGCUGAAUUUGUUGCAAUACAUGUGUUUUUCAGCUUUUGCCUCCUAUUGUGUCAUCAAUAGUGUAAUAAUUGUGUGCCUCUUAUCUUAUUAUAAUGUUGGUUGAAACUGGACAUUUUCUUAUGGAUGAGUAGCCUUUCUAGCA